UGGUGUCUGACAAUUUUGCCAACAACGAUGUCCACACACACACAGACACUAAACAUUUAUCAUCACAGAGCCGUAGAGGAAACAACAGAGAAUGGUGGUGUUAGGGAUACAGUCUCUUCACUGGUACGUACAUGGAGGAUUCAUGGAGAAGAAGAAUAAAAAACAUCUGAUGAGUAUUGUAAAAGCCACUGAAAGCGACGACGACUCUUCUUCUUCUUCUGCACAGAGAUUCGAAGUCGAUAGAGAUAAAGCUAGAGAAGCUCUGAAACAGCUUGACCAACAAAUCGAAUCUCAAGCCGACGAAAAACCAAGAACCUUCGUCAAGACGUCAUCGGAGGUUGUCAGAACAAGUAGCGGAGGAGGUUCGUCAUCAAUGGAUCCAUUCAUGUUUGAAGAACCACCUGAGAUGUCCGGAUCGUUCCUCACAACUACAGCUUUUCUUCUUUUAGCUUUUACACUGUUCUAUAAUAUUUUGUUCUUUACAGUGAUAAAACCAUCAAUGGAUGGACCAGAAUCAGUUCCAGAAGCAAAGACAGUCGCUAUGUCUGAUUCUGAACUUAUCCAGUUUCCACUUUCGUCUUUUCCUGAAAACACUUUCAAACAGUAAACCCCACAGAGUGUUUUUUUUAAAUGCU